AUGGAGCGGCUUUCUUCCCAGGAGAUCCUACGCCACAGCGGUGAUUUCUGCGCGUUGUGUGAUUCCAAUGCAGUUGCGCACACGCACGGCGAGAACAACGAGAUCGUAUACCUGCACGAGUUCCAACAAACCACGAGCUCGACGGUUCAGCAUUCAUCCGAGCAGCAAGAGGCCCGCGACACCGUUUCCAGCCUCGGCUCUACAUUGAGGCAGGGAACUCAAGCUUCUACAAGCCUCGGAUCGACCACGGCGAGCGGGAAUACAUACUCGGGGACCACGGGAUGGACAGGGGGAACAAUUGACCAUGGCGCGAACCAAGAUGGAGCUGGAGUGGUGCAUGCACCGGCACUCGCGUACCCAUCAGUGACGACUGAAGCUCACGCGGAUCCUUCUCUACACCAGGGAUCCAACAACCAAGCUCGGGGUGCGAUUCUUGACGCCAAUCAAUCACAGCAUGCGCAACGUGAAUCGCACACAUCUCACCAGCAAGGCCAUGUUGCGCGUGCAUCCAACCAGCAAGGCCAAGGAGAAUCCUCCCAUGCAGCUUCAAAUGCACCAGCAUUAGUUUCCCAGCCGGUUAAUACUGAAGCACGCGCGGAUCCUUCCCUACAUCAAGGGUCCAGCAACCUAGCUCAGAGUGCGGUUCUCGACGCCAGUCAAUCGCAACAUGCGCAACAUGAAUCGCAUAUAGCUCACCAACAACGCCAUGUUGCACAUUCAUCUGACCAACAAGGCCAAGGAAUAUCUUCCCAUGCAGCUUCCAACGCACAGGCGACGAGGCAUAUCCAAGACCCCAUAGACAACGACCCUCUACCCAUACCUGCACCUCUUUUUGGUGGAUCAUCACAUCACCGGAAGACCAGCUCCGUUUAUUCCGACGCUCAAACACUCAAUCAAUCGACGAGCAGGCCGACCUAUCACGAUGGAUCGUUUCAUGAGGCUGCCCCAAGUGCUGUGGGAGGAAAUGCAAAAAUAGCAGCACAGAAUGGAUCUUCACGAAAACCGUUUGGUGACUUCUCAGAUUUCCAGCCUGGGCAAGAUGACAACAAAGGUCAUCCUGCUCUCAAAGAUGAGGAGAUCCAAGGGCAAUCGUCCCGCUUGCAUUCAGCCCGCUUGGAUUCCGACACCUUGGCCGAUACGAGGAUGGCCCCUCAACCCGCGCCGUAUCCGCGCCUACAGCGCCAGGAUUCAAUCGUGAUGAUUGACGAGUCUGAUCGCCAAGAGCUCCGCCGACUUGCCACCGCUCGCUCCCAAGCACGAAGAGCUAGCAUUGCAAGCAUAGCUGAAAGCGAAACGCCGUUGCCGCCAGAGGUGACCGACCCAGCUUUGGAUCCCUCCAGCGGGAAAUUUGAUCUCUCGAAAUGGCUGAAGCAUAUUGUCGGAGAGUUUCGAAAGGAGGGCUUGACAGUGACAAAUACUGGCGUCUCCUUCCGGAAUCUUCAGGUGACCGGUACUGGAGAUGCAAUACAGUAUCAGCAGACUCUGGGAUCAUUGUUGAAGGCGCCGUUCAGGCUCGGGGAGUUCUUCUCGUUUGGUAAAAAGAAGCCCAAGACGAUACUGCAUAAAUUUGACGGCCUUUUGAAGAGCGGUGAGCUUCUUGUCGUUCUCGGUCGCCCUGGCUCGGGAUGCAGCACACUUCUGAAAACAAUAACUGGACAGCUUCAUGGCCUGACUCUCAGCAAAGAAUCAUUAAUUCAUUACAGCGGGAUGCCACAAGCCAACAUGAUGAAGGAGUUCAAGGGUGAAACGGUCUACAAUCAAGAGAUCGAUAAACACUUCCCCCAUCUCACCGUCGGCCAGACUCUUGAGUUCGCCGCCGCUUGUCGCACACCCUCGCACCGCCUCUUUGGGUUGUCUCGUAGCCAAUUCGCCAAACACAUAACCCUCAUCGUCAUGGCCAUUUGUGGCCUCAGCCAUACUUACAACACCAAGGUUGGCGACGACUAUGUCCGUGGCGUCUCCGGAGGCGAAAGAAAACGCGUCAGCCUCUCGGAGAUGAUGUUGGCUGGUGCACCCAUCGGAGCGUGGGAUAACAGUACUCGUGGCCUUGACUCGGCCACGGCGCUCAAGUUUGUUCAGUCUCUUCGUGUCGCCGCCGACUAUGGUAGAAGCGCUCACGCCGUGGCCAUCUAUCAAGCGAGCCAGGCCAUCUACGAUUUAUUUGACAAGGCUGUCGUCCUUUAUGAGGGACGCCAGAUCUACUUUGGCCCCGCAGAUGCGGCCAAGUCUUACUUUCAGCGCAUGGGCUGGGAAUGUCCCCAGCGACAGACGACAGGCGACUUCCUAACCUCAGUGACCAAUCCGGUGGAGAGAAAGGCUCGCCCAGGCAUGACAAACACGGUUCCCCGGACUCCCGAGGAGUUUGAACGAUAUUGGCACAGCUCUCCCGAAUACCGCGCCUUGAACGACGUCAUUGAGAAGGAUCUGCAGGAGUUCCCUGUUGAUCCGCAGGGCGAAGGGGCAACGCAGCUGAGGGAGCGCAAGAGCCAAAGGCAGGCCAAGAACGCGUGGCGGAAGUCCCCUUAUCUGCAGACACUUCCGAUGCAAAUUUACCUCACGACCCGGAGAGCCUACCAACGCAUUUGGGGGAAUAAAUCUGCUACCCUUACUCAAGUGGCGAUGCAGGUCGUUCUUUCGCUGAUUAUUGGCUCAGUUUUCUUCGACACACCAAACACAACCGACGGGUUUUUCGCUAAAGGCUCUGUGCUCUUCCAGGCCGUUCUUCUCAACGCGCUGACAGCCAUCUCGGAGAUCAACAAUCAGUAUGCUCAACGACCCAUUGUUGAGAAGCACAACUCAUAUGCAUACUACCAUCCAGCUGCGGAGGCUAUGGCUGGCGUCGUGGCUGACAUCCCGAUCAAGUUCGUCACUGCGACCGUCUUCAACGUCAUACUCUACUUCAUGGCAGGUCUUCGUCGCGAGGCUGGCAACUUCUUCCUCUACUUCCUCAUCACGUAUACGUCGAUCUUUGUUAUGAGUGGUAUUUUCAGAACCCUCGCUGCAGUUACCAAGACCGUCUCGCAGGCCAUGGCCCUCGCUGGUGUCAUGGUUCUCGCGCUCGUCAUUUACACGGGCUUCGUCAUCCGCGUGCCCCAAAUGCACCCUUGGUUCAGUUGGAUUCGAUGGAUUAACCCCAUCUACUAUGCCUUUGAGAUUCUCAUCGCCAGCGAGUUCCACGGCCAACGCUUUCCAUGCUCCACUGUCGUCCCGCCAUACCAGCCUAGGAUUGGCAGCUCUUGGAUUUGCCCUGUUGUCGGGGCGGUUGCAGGCCAGGAUACAGUCUCAGGAGACUCGUUCAUCAACACCAAUUACGAGUACUACUACUCCCAUGUAUGGCGAAACUUCGGUAUUCUCAUAGGGUUCUUGGUAUUCUUCAUGCUUCUAUACUUUAUCGCUACGGAGCUUGUAUCGGAAGCAAGUAGCACCGCAGAAGUUCUUGUUUUCCGUCGUGGUCAGGCCCCAGACCACCUGAAGAAGGCAGAUAGCACGCCACCUGUUACCACAGAUCUGACCAAGAAUGGGGGAUCCUCUGAAGAGGUCGCAUCAGACCCUCAAGUCGCCGCCGCUCUUGACGCGCAGACUUCCAUCUUCACCUGGCGUUAUGUGGUUUACGACGUUCCCGUCAAGGCGGGCACUCGACGACUGCUCAACCACGUCUCAGGUUGGGUUAAGCCUGGCACCUUGACCGCGCUCAUGGGCGUCAGUGGAGCUGGUAAGACUACACUUCUCGAUGCCCUUGCGCAACGCACAACGGUAGGUGUUCUCCGUGGGGAUAUGUUCGUCGACGGGAAGCCGCUGGAUGCCAGCUUCCAACGCAAAACCGGUUAUGUCCAACAGCAAGAUCUUCACCUAUCUACGGCAACAGUUCGUGAGAGUCUCGUGUUCAGUGCGAUGCUGCGACAGCCGAAGACCGUCUCCAAGCAGGAAAAACUCUCCUAUGUAGAGCAGGUCAUCGACAUGCUCGACAUGCGUGAUUUCGCAGAUGCUGUCGUUGGUAUCCCUGGCGAGGGACUCAACGUGGAGCAACGCAAAUUACUUACCAUCGGAGUAGAGCUUGCCGCAAAGCCCAAGCUGCUCCUCUUCCUCGACGAACCUACAAGCGGCCUCGACUCCCAAAGCUCAUGGGCCAUUUGCAACUUCCUGAGGAAACUUGCCGAUGCCGGCCAAGCUGUGUUGUGUACGGUGCACCAGCCAAGCGCGGUGCUCUUUCAACAGUUCGACCGACUGCUGUUCCUUGCGGCCGGUGGCAAGACAGUAUACUUUGGGGAUAUCGGGGCCAACUCGCGCACCUUGUUGAAGUACUUUGAGUCUCGUGGUGCACGCAAAUGCGGCGACCAGGAGAACCCUGCCGAGUACAUGCUCGAGAUUGUCAACAACGGCACAACUCCAGAUGGAGAAGACUGGCAUGAGGUGUGGAACAAGAGUCCGCAAUACAAGGUGGUGAUGGAAGAAAUUGAGAGGAUACACACCGAACGAAGAUCACAUACGGAUAUAGAUGAUGACGCCGGCAAACAUUCUGAGUUCGCUAUGCCAUUCAUCUCGCAGCUGUGGUACGUGACGCGUCGCAUCUUCCAGCAGUACUGGCGGAUGCCUUCCUACGUACUUGCCAAGUUCUUCCUAGGAACAGCCGCGGGACUGUUCAUCGGCUUCUCAUUCUGGAAAGCGGAUCCAUCUCUGGCAGGAAUGCAAAAUGUCAUCUUUGGCGUUUUUAUGGUGAUUACCAUAUUCUCUACUCUGGUCCAACAGAUUCAACCACACUUUCUCACCCAACGAUCAUUGUACGAAGUUCGCGAGCGGCCAAGCAAAGCGUAUUCUUGGAAGGCUUUCGUCAUCUCCGCCGUCAUUGUUGAGAUUCCGUACCAAAUCAUCACCGCCGUGCUCAUUUAUGCCUGCUUCUACUACCCCAUCAUCGGCAUUCAGUCCUCCGCCCGUCAAGGUCUGGUCCUGCUGUUCUGUAUCCAGCUGCUUCUCUACGCCAGCUCGUUCGCGCAGAUGACCAUUGCAGCGCUACCCAAUGCCCUGACAGCCUCAUCCCUCGUGACGCUUCUCGUCCUCAUGAGUCUUACUUUCUGCGGUGUUCUUCAGACACCCACAGCUCUCCCCGGAUUUUGGAUUUUUAUGUGGCGCCUCAGUCCAUUCAGCUACUGGAUUUCUGGCAUUGUGUCCACCCAGCUCCAUGGGCGCGCUAUCGUAUGCUCGGAGGAUGAGACAUCCAUUUUCAACCCUCCGUCUAGAACGACAUGUCAAGAGUACCUAAAGCCAUUCCUCGAACAGGCGCCCGGUACGCUGCAGAACCCCUCAGCUAGCGAGAAUUGCCGCUACUGCCCCCUGCGAGUGGCGGACCAGUACCUAGCAGCGAGCGAGAUCUACUACAGCGAAAGAUGGAGAAAUUAUGGGAUCAUGUGGGCGUACAUUGUGUUCAACAUUUUCAUUGCUGUCGUGACAUACUGGGCCUUCAGGGUCAAGAAGUGGAAUAUAGGAAGUGGCAAGAAGCCCAAGGGCGGCAAGGCUGUUGACAAGCAGGUCAAUGAGAAGGCCAAUGGCAAUACGUUGUGA